AUGGCAUUGGCGAUUAGGGAGGCGGAGGUGACACAAGCAUCUGGGGUGAAUGACAAGUGGAAAGCCAUGAAGAAAGCUUGGGUAAUGACAACUGAGGAGGUAUGUGGAUGGACAAAAGGGCCGCCUAGACAUAAGGAGACUUGGUGGUGGAGCCCAGAGGUAGCGAAAGCCGUGGAUGAGAAACGGAGGUGUUUCAAAGUAUGGUAUAAUAGAAAAGAAAAUAGUGAUAAUGAUAUUUACAAGAUGGCUAAAAGAAAUGCUAAGAAAUUAAUAGCGAAGGCUCAAGAAGAAAAAAGACACGAGUUUGCUAAAGAAAUGAAAUGCGCUGAUGGAAUUGGAAAUAUGGUUAGAAUGGCAAAACAGAUGUCAAAAAAGAGGCAGGAUGUGAUAGGUGUAAAGUGUUUGAAAAAUAUGGAAGGAGAAAUGACGAUUGAUAGUAGUGGUAUUAAGAACACCUGGAAGAUUUACAUGAAAGGACUAUUGAAUGAAGAUAAUGAAUGGAAUAAUAAUAUUAGUUGUGCAAAGGUAGAAGGUCCAGGGUGUAAAUUUAGCAAGGACGAGAUAAGGAGAGCAGUGAAAAAGAUGAAGAAAGGGAAUGCAUCGGGUUUAACGAUGGUGGUAUCAGAGAUGUUUAAAGGUUCUGAUGAUUUAGGGAUUGAAUGGUUAAUGAAUUUAGCAAAUCAGAUUGUCACAGAAGGUACUAUUCCCGAGGACUGGCGAAGAAGUAUAAUUAUCCCAGUAUACAAGGGGAAAGGUGAUCCUUUAGAUUGUGGGUCUUACAGAGCUAUUAAACUCUUGGAACAUGCAAUGAAAGUAUUUGGGAGUGUUAGAAAAGCGGAUAAGGGAACAAAUCAAAAUUGA